GUUAAAAUGAGUUGAUUGACAGUGUUUCUGUAGUAAACAUGCUUAUUUGAUAGUACACACUAUUUAUGUAUUGAAAACAAUAGAAAUGUUUAUGGGGUUUAUCCCUUAAUAUUACUAAUUCAAAGCAAAUUUCUUAAAAAGUGACCAUAUUUGUAUUUCGACAAAAAUGUGACUAAGAUAAAGUGACACCUAAGAAAAUCGUGUCACUCACCAAUGAUCAUGUCACUUUUGAAUGUCACUGUCACAGCCGCCGCCCAGUGACACCCCAUGGGCAUAGCCAUACCAUGGUCACGGUAAAUUCGUAUUUCCCCUUCCAUCCCCAUGCCGCCAGUGUCACAAUGACCAAGCCACCUCAGUCACAGCUAGUCACCACCACCAGCCACCCGCCCUCAGCCCUAACAUCCAGCCCAGCCCCUGUUCCCCUGGUCCCCUGCCUCACCCCUAUCCUCCCCCCAGGUCCUUGUCUAGCUGAUUCACACAAAACCUUAGCCAUAACACCACCGCAAGCAGCAGCGGACCCAAACCGAACUCCAGCGGCGGCGGCGGCGGCGGCCCCAAAUCGGACCCCAGCGGCGACGGCGGCCCCAAAUCAGACUCCACCAGCAGUGGUAUUCCCAAAUCGGACCCCAAAUCAAAGUCAUUGUCCAUGGAGUAUGGCGGAUCUGUCACCGACGGCCUCAUAUCGGAUCUGUCAUGCACCAGAGACGCGGCUAGCUAAGACAUUGGAUGCCCUUAGCAGCACGAGCCCACCUGGUAGCUCAGCGGGUGGGCCCUCGGGUCCCCAACCUCAUAGUAGACGCCACUCAACGGUCUGCAAUCUCAAGGAAUAUGAACACUCAUGAUUUUUGCGGAGAAGAGCGAUGUGAGGUAAAGCCAGGGUUGGGCAGGUGUCCUUGGCAUUUGACGAUUGAGGUCGUCAACCUGUCUUUGUAGCAAGUGGGGGUUGGCGGAGUAUAAAUGUUCUGUGCAGCUUCAUCGCCCGCACGAAUAUGUUUAGGCCUGCAGUGUACUAUCGUGAUCCGGUGGUCUUUUGUCUCCCAAUUUUGGAAACGACGACCUUAUUUUUGCAUGGUCAAGGUCAGUUCCCACGCUCAGUGGCUGUCAUGGGGAACGACGGGUGCCUGCUCUGCCGCGGUGUGCCUCUCUUUAAGGAUUUCGAAACCCCGGUUUGCUGAAUGGCUCCCCCCGAGUGGCCUCGACCUCCAAGCCUUUAGUUGAAUGUUGUUCCAUCAAUUCGUGUGAAGGAUGAGGUACGGGAGGCAUCAGAUUCCCCACUCUAUACAUCAAGUGACUGCAUUCGCCGAACAGGUGAUACGGAGGUGCACUCCGUUCUAGCAGCAUGCACGAUCUGCUCGGCGUUGCUUUGGUUAGCUAUAUUCCUCAAAGUAUCGACCAGUGCCCUCAGGAGGCGCGGACUGCAGCGGGGUUCAACUGGGAUCACGUGGGUGAGAUCUCCCUGCGCCCCCCGAUUCGACUAACCACAUUUGGAUGGUUCCCCAAAAGUAAGAGUUCGUGCCCUCCUGCUGUCGCGUAGUUGUUUCGAGAGGUCCUAGGUAUGCUGGGGUGAUGGGGUGAUUGUCUAACCAUUUCAUCGAGAAUGUUGGUUUUGAGUCAUAGAAGGUGCUGCUUACCACGCAAGAGCUUGCUCCAGGAUUUUAGUUCAGUUUUUCAUACACGGAUCUAGUGUUGAGAUUAAAUUCUCGUGGUAUAAAGGCCCAACACAGUCCCUUCGGUUUUCAUCCUAUUCUUUUGUAGACUAGUUAGUGAGUAUAUGUCAAACAAGUACGAGGCAGAUGCAAUAACAAAAAGAUAAGAAGCAAAGUGGUUCAAGUUUUAUUAAGCACUUGGAACGAUUACAACACCACGCCCUUGCUAAAGUUUGCAAACCUUUUAAAAUGAAAUAAAGGCAAAUAUUUAUACUACAAGGUAGUAAGUAUGUGGAGAGGGUGACGUGCUCAGCCCUGAAUAGAUAGCUCCAACCAUAACAUUCACAUAUAUAGUGCAUAAAAUAUGUUUCCCGCCAAUUCUAACUUUCCCGAUAAUUGCUUUGGAGAGCUCUUCCUCAAGCAAUUGAUGGUAUCCGAGAGGAUACCAAGUGGCAGGAUUAGCUCGUCCAGCAGAUCCCGCACGCGCCUCCCGACAGAGCUUCUAGAUUGGGUGAACCGAGAUCGGGCCCGCAUGCCAAUUGGUCUGUCUAGGAUAUUUGGGUUUGAGCCCAAUACCCAACUAUAAUAAAUAUAAGACAAACCUCUGUAUUUCGGGCUAGAAAGGCUUAUUUAUUAGACCUUUAUGUGAUUCCUUCUAUUCAGUUAAGCUUUUUAUUAUGUUUUUUAUUAUUAUAUUGGAUCAGCCCUAGCACCUCCAAUUUAUUUAUGCUUUUUCUCUGUUUUCUUGUAUCCUGAGAUGAUAUGUCUUAUGUGAAAAGAUUAUAGUCUAGUUCCCUCUUCAUGUGUACUAUUUUUUCUAUUUAAUAAAAUCUUGCUAAAUGUUCGACGUUUGCCCCACCGAUGAGCAGUUUGCCUAUCGAGCUUUAAAAAAUGAUAUGAUAUAAUAUGACAUGAUAUGAUAUAAAACAAUAUACACACACAUAAUAUUCUAUAUAUAAUAUUAUAUAUAUGCAGAUGUAUAUAUGCAUAUUUUUU